UGUUCUGACUGGUACCAACGAAUUUUAGUCGGAGUUGCAAACAGAGGGUCGAAUUUUAGGUGUUUGUGCACGCAUGUAUUAUUCCUUCCCUUUUCCAACCAGCAAAAACCAGAGAUGACGUUGGCUGUUGAUCUUCUUAAUCCCUCCCUUGAUUCGGAAAAAAGACAGCACAAGUUGAAGAGACUUGUGCAGUCUCCUAACUCCUACUUCAUGGACGUUAAGUGCCCUGGCUGCUUCAACAUUACCACUGUCUUCAGCCACGCUCAGACUGUCGUUCUUUGCUCUUCUUGCGCAACCGUCCUUUGCCAACCCACUGGUGGUCGCGCUCGUUUGACUGAGGGCUGCUCUUUCCGCAGAAAGCUCAACUAAAAUCGGUCGCUUUGUUUUGUCCGCUUUGUUUCACAUACCGGUGCGGCUCGAUAGAUUCAAUA